AUGGAACGGGCCGUCGAUAAGCCAAAAGUGCUCUUCAGCUACAUAAACAGUAAGUUAAAGAACAAGGAGACGGUCGCAGUGUUGAAAGGAGAAAACGAUGAGGAUAUCAUCGAAAAUGACGCUAAGGCAGAACAUCUAAACCGGUUUUUCGUAUCGGUUUUCACUGAUGAAACGGACUUUGACGAGGCUGGAUCUCCUGCUGGGGCAACCGACGAAAUAAUAGAAAAUAUCGACUUCACGGAAGAAGAUGUAAGGAAGGAACUUCUAGCGCUUCAGGAGGGCAAGUCUCCGGGCCCAGACCAAAUUCCGGCAAAAGUCCUGAAUGCGUUGGCUUGCGAACUCGCCAAACCGCUUUGGCACAUCUUUAGGUCCUCCUUUGACCGAGGCAUUCUCCCCUCUGAUUGGAAAGUGGCCAACAUAUACCCCAUUCACAAGGGGGGAUCCAGAACAAGUACAAACAAUUAUCGGCCGGUGAGCCUAACGUGCAUUUGUUGCAAAGUCAUGGAGAGAAUAGUCAAAAAAUCCAUAAUGGAGUUCCUUGAAGAAAAUAAUUUCUUUGCUAGUUCUCAGCAUGGCUUUCGAAGAAAUCACUCCUGCCUAACUAAUAUGCUUCAUUCAACGGAACAGUGGUCUCGCUCGUUAGACGCAGGAACAAAGGUCGAUAUCGUGUACAUAGAUUUCAAGAAAGCCUUUGAUAGUGUUCCACACCACCGGUUAAUUUACAAGGUCCGAGAAUCAGGGAUAAGAGGAAACCUAUUAAACUGGAUAAAGGACUUUCUGACUGGUCGAUCACAGUCUGUGUGUAUUGGUAAUACGAAGUCAACGCCAAUGCCAGUUGCGAGUGGAGUUCCGCAGGGCUCCAUACUCGGACCAGUACUAUUUUUAAUUUAUGUCAACGACUGUAUGAAUGGACUGGACUGCAAUGGAGUCAUGUUUGCUGAUGACAUCAAGUUAUGGCGAGCGAUCAACGGCGAACAUGAUGAACGGGCCCUGCAAGAAGGACUGAACCGCCUAUGCGAAUGGUCGGACAAAUGGCUGCUAAAGUUUAACCUUGAGAAGUGCGUCGCGCUGCGACUCAAAACGACUGGAAGAGCUGACGGAGAGGAUCACCAUUACCAACUUGGUGGAAGGUGCCUCUCAAAUGUAAUCGAACAAAAAGAUCUUGGGUUUAACAUUUUGUCGACCCUUAAGCCUUCAUCUCAGUGCAUUAGGGCGUCCAAAAGAGCAAAUAGUGUUCUCUUUGCCAUUAAACGAUCUUUCGUGGACAUAGACAAAGAGUUAUUUGGAAAAGUAUACGGAGCGUUCAUUCGUUCGCAUUUGGAAUAUGGAAUCCAAGCGUGGCGCCCGUGGCUAAAUAAAGACUAUAAGUUGCCCGAAAGAGUUAAGAGGAGAGCACCGAAAAUUGUAAAAGGCCUCAGGACUUUACCUUACAACUGCCGACUUAGGGAACUUAAACUUUUUCCUCUUGAGUACAGGCAGGUUCGAGGGGAUCUCAUACAGGCCUAUCGGAUAUUGAGGAACCGGGAAUGUGCCCUAAACCCCGACGAUUUCUUCACCCUGGCCGCAACAACAAACCUGCGCGGGAACUCUCUAAAACUUAGAGGAUCCCGGUGCCGCCUGGAUGUUCGCAAAUACUGUUUUUCACAGCGAGUCGUCGGUGCCUGGGACGGGCUUCCCGAGGACGUAAUAAUGGCGGAUAUCACGGAGACGUUCAAGCAAAGACUCGAUGCAUAUUUGCUUGGAACCUACCGAUUGUCUGGACAGAACAGAUCUGUGGUGCUAAACCAAAGCCUUGCAUACUCAUACCGCUGAUGCGGAUGACUUUCAUAACAUUUUACUGAAAUCAUCUGUUCUCAAGUUUUGGUUCUAGAUUUUCACGGAAAAUAUUAUGUUAGAUGCAUAUAUUACUGACAACAUUUCAGUACCAUAUUUAUUGAAAGUGAAAUAUUGCAUGUACAGUUUACAAUUGGGUUUUCAAAGGCAUUGCCUAUUACUCUUAAAAUAUACUGACCUAUACUGACCUAUUUAUUUAUGCCGAUGAUCUCAAAUGUGUAUAUUCUUUCAAAAACUCUACGAGCCUUCAUUGCCUGGAGCAAAUCCAUGCUGACUUGCUUGCUCUCUCAGCUUGGAGCUCAAAAUGGCUAAUGGAAUUCUCUCCGUCUAAAUGUCGCUAUAUGUGCUUAAGACCUGAUAGGCUAUCCCAACCAGUGGUCUUUCAAGGCACACCUAUGACUGAAUGUACCACCAUCAAGGAUUUAGGUUUAAGCUACACUAGUAAUCUUGAUCUGUCGCCACACGCUAACAGAAUUACAGCCAAAGCUGCCCAGAUUUAUGGCUUUGUUUCUUACAAUUGCUAUCUUGAUGAAAUUAAAUUAAGACUCUAUCGUAUGUUUGUACUUCCCAGUCUCGAGUAUUGUUGCCCAUUCUUUGGUUGGAUGAAUGAAGCUAGUCGCUAAAGAAUUGAAAAUGUCCAAAGACGUUUUUCUAAAAAACCUUUAGAUAAGGAACAUCCCAAUAUCUCCUACUCAGAUAGAUGCCAGCUAAUUAACCUAAAAUUUUUAUGUGUUCGAAGACUAGAAGCGGGCUGCUGCCUCCUCUUUCGCAUUAAUCAUAGUUCAAAUUUUCCUCGGAUUCCAGCACUCACCCCUAGUAGUCGCCCAUACAAUCUUCGCAGCUCGUCCUUGAUUAUACCUCCUCCAGCGUCCUUCACCUCUAAGCGUCCCCUUUUUUCGCUUCCAGAUAUACUUUCCUCUGGAAUAACCUUCCAAUAAAUAUAAGAUCUUCAGAAAAUCUGCACACCUUUAAGAGAAGGCAACGCCUUUAUCUGAAUACUGACUCCAUUAAACUUUUAUUUUCCUCAUCCUUCCCAGACAACUUUUUCUAUGACACUGAGAAAGGGCCACCGGGUAUUUAGCAUGCCGCCAUUAAAUUUCCGUAUCUGUUCACGUUUCCUUCCUAUAUGAGUAGUCUAGCUACCUAAGAUCCCUCACCAGAAAUGUUAAUUAUUCCAAUUUUUCAGUUCAUGCAUCGUGCCCUCACAGACUGCUCACCAUCGAUGCUCUUGGCGAAACCUUCUGUAUUCGCCAUAUACUAGUAGUCUGGUCGAAUCUCCCUUACCCCAUCCUCGGUUGGACUCGGAUGAAUGCAACCAACCGCAUCUCGGUUCCUAUCGCCUCGAGACUGCUUUUCAUCGUGCCCUUACAGAAUGCGCUCCAUCGGCGAUCUUGAUAAAGCCUUCUAUAUUUGCCAUAUACUAGUAGUCUGGUCGCAUCUCCCUUCCCCCAUGCUCGGAUGGACAUUUAUUUCGGCCAUGUUGAUGUCCGACUAUAUUCCAUUCUAUACCGCUACAUGCAGGCCAGUCCUCCCUGCAUUUUUCUGAAGCUAUUUUUUUGAGGGUUUUUUUUCUCCUGUUAAAUAAAUACAAUCAUUUUUAAAUUUUGCUAUGGAAUUUUUUUCACCCCUCGUUUUUCAUUUUGCUUAACGGACUUCUAAUCUCAAAAACUAUGUAUUGCACUUUGUACAGAUUUUGCCUACCUCGUCUAAAAUUCGCAUGUUAAUUUUUUUAUUUGCUUUGAUGGGACCCCGACGGGUCUUUAAUAAAAAUAAUUGAAUUGAAUUGAAUUGAAUUGGACAGCUUCCUGUUCUCCCACGUAGCAUGCGAACGCUUUGUCUGGUCAACAUUCUUUCUGUCCUUUUCUCUUCCGCUGCGUAACUGCCCUUUUUUCUUUCUGUUAUGUUUUAGUGUGUAGGAAGCCUCACACACAAACAUAAUGCACGACGGAAAGCCAACGAAAUCUUAAGAAAUAUUAGCGAAAAGUGAGGCGAAUAGUGCCACGGACGCAUAAUCGUCAUAAACAUCGUGUGACAGCCCAAAAAUCAUAUACCGACUCGCCUUCUUCCCACUAUAACGAUUAUUGAUCAGCGUUCGAAAUAAACAACACCUCAACCAACAUAGAGUCUAUUGAAGCAGCAGAUAGCAGAAGGCGAACCCACGCUGCUUUAGUCCUUGGGCAAGUGGUCCGUACGCUCACAAACGGCCCACAUUAAUGUAAAUUGUCUGCUGAAGAUUCCCAAGCCCUUCCACCCCGAGCUCCCGUCGGCCGCGCACAUUACUUGGAAGCGCAAACAAAUCUACACCGGUUACGGCCAUUGACAGCGGUGGGCAUGCUCGUUAAGGCAUGAUAAGACAGCUGACUGACCAGUUACAUCACCCCUUUCAGCAAUGUCAACUGGGUGGGACAGUUGUAUGUCUAGCUAUCGAUGGUGUUCCUAUUCACAAGAAGAGUGAGCGAGAGUUUGAGCCUAUUUUAGGUAGGCUGAUGGAGGCCAAUGUCAACGUAGCAUUUAUUGUAGGAAUGGAUUGUGAUGCAGGCAAACCGUCGGACAUUCAAGCAUUCAGCAAACCGUUGAUGGAGAAGUUAUCAUCAUUAUCCAAGUAAGGUCUGCGUGUCAGUGUGACUGACAAACCCUGCAAUUCCGCUUAACAGCUGUCAUAUGCGAUGCUCCAGCAGGCGGCUUUACCAAGCAGAUUAAGAGUGUAAACGCCUAUUACGGCUGUGAAAUAUGUUGCUUUAAAGGUGAAUAUUCGAAAAACGUUACGUAUGAUUUUGUAUCUGAGCCAUUGAGAGAGGAUGUGGAUUGUGUUCAUCUCUCUUUUAGUCAUUCUGACAUUUUAAUAAGUUCCCAUUUAUAAAAAAGAUUUUCGUCCAGUUUAUUUCCUGAUAGGAUAUUUCUUAUCGUUCAGAGAACUGGAACCAGUCCAUUAAAUACCGUUUCCUCAUAUGCGGAGAAUAAAUGAAACCGAGCAUUACAGCCAAAACACCGACGGAAGGGACACACGAUACCGUGGUUACUAAGACCAAUAGAAAGUACAGCAACUAACGAAAUAUAGAAAUCUCGAGAAGUGCACAACAAAGUGAACAUGAAAUCUUGAGUAUCGCUGAUUGAGGUUUUCAUAAGGUGAAACUCGUGUGGUAAAAACAAACAUAGUCGAAGGCAACAAACCGAUUAGGCGGAUCAGUUCUCCGUUCUAUUUGUUAUACUGGUGUGUGAUCUGACGCAUCAUAUCCUUUGUUCGAAACAGAUAAUUUUUAAGGGGGACUAAGCCGAAAAUAUCCCUAUUCACAACACAUGCAUUGCCUUACCUUUGGCCAUGAAUCGGACCUAAUUUUACCUCUUCCGUGGUCAUGUCCCUAGUUUCGUUACAAUUAAUUUCCUCUUCUGUGGUCACCAGGUGUUUCUGAUUCAUUCGUCGGUCGCGCACGAUGCUAGUCGUUCUCCACAGGCUUCCAGACGCAGAGGGUUUCCGAGUAUUACGUUUAUAACCUGACUGGAAAGUGGACUCAGAGCAGGUAUAUGGUAGAGAGCGCGCCAUCUUCAAGGCUGAUUUAUGCAAUCUAUUUUAUCGACCCACAGAGAUCCUGUCGCGGACGCACGCUUGACUCCGAUGCGCGUAGCCCUGCCCGUAUAACCGCGGGUUUUUGGGUCUGGGGUUCCACUGAUUGUCACUUCGGUUGAGGCCUGAGGAACGAGAUGUUGUUGCAAAACGGGGAGGAGGUCUACCCUGGAAUGAGUGAGAUAACCACUAUGCGUUUGAAUCUCGUUAUAAUGUGCCGUAAGGGCGCGACCUCUAGGUAUCCCGGUUGUCAGUAUAACGUUAGUGGCAACGACGAGUCUCUCCUAGCGGCAGAAUAAUUCCGACGGAAUUUCUACGGACGGCGCCGAUUUUUGGCAUGAUAGCAGCCCGCAUUUGUAUGGUGAGCCAUAUGCACAACCGUUUAAUUUGGUUCUUCUAGAGACCAUGAGAGGCUCCUUGAUAGAUGCGUGCCAAAUAAUGCUUGAAUCGCAGAAGUCGCAGUUCCAUAUGGAGCUUGUCUCGGAGGCAAAUACCGAAUGACAGAGGAGGGAGAUGAUAAGUUGCAGAAAGUUUGGAACGGAGGAGUGUAACUCGCCGUUCUGCGUAUUUUAACUCUUAAGGCCACAAGGGCAUACGCCAAUAGGAUGUGCAGUUGUGUGGAUUAUGGUCGUUAAAUGCGUUCAGGAAAUUGAUGAUAGUUAGAUUUGCACACUAUCCGAUCACUCCCUUUGGGUGCGACGGUGCUGUCCGCGUCCUAUGAAUUAGUAAUAGGUCAACAAUGUCGCGGACUGGACUCCUAUCAAACUUUGCCCCGCAGUAAGGAUAGAGAAGGAUGAGAAUUUCGAAUAGGAAAAUCCAUUCAUUGAGUGAUUCAGUAGUGGCCCAAGAACAGUUAGAACAGUAUCCCCACGUAUUGCGAAAUAGUCGGUUGUCAGUAGAUGUGAAUAGUCGUGGAAACACUGCAGGCAUCGACUACAGUCAUACUCUACAUUGAGGGAUGGAACGCAUGUUAGAUAAUGCGAGCAACUGCUAGCGGAGCUGAUGCCACCGGAAGCGUCAGACGGCCGCUUCGGUCCGCAUGGCCUACACGAUACAGUUAUCUAUGAGAAUCUUUGAGAACAAGGAUGACCGGGCCGCGACGUACAAUAAAUCGCGGGGUGUUAAGCUCAAUAGCUUGUGAGACCAUCGAGUUCGUAGGACGAAAACAGUUUUCCAGGAACCGCGAAGUACUUGGCCGGUUGGCCGAUGCCCAACAUGGCGAUCGGAAAAUACAGCAUUAUCAGGCUCUGUACUUUGUGUGUAACUCCGACAGUCGCGCCAAAUUGGUCGACUUGAAGUGGCUGCCUCAUUUUAAUGAAACCGUCUUUAAUUUUAUUUUGGCAUAAACGGAACUUCUUAUCGAUGCCGUGUUUUUGCUAGUGAAAGUUAAUGCAGCAUAAUUUUCCCCUAAGGUCGGUGUUCAGGAUUGUGUCCCAUUUUGUCGUCAGUGUACCUCACCUGAAGGUGUCUUUUCGGGCGAUAUUGGCCACGUAUGUUCGUUUCUAGCUUGUCCUUCACGCGUACAGCCCAACAUUAGCAACCAUAGAUGGGGUCGGAUUGGAUAGAUGUCAGGUACGUGCAGACCAUUGUGGUAAUGAAGAUAUCGCUACGGAUAAAUAGGCACCUUCUGAGACUUGACGAGACCCCUUAAGCAGUGUCGAUUCGGCGAUGAUUUCGCUUCCACUCUGUUCAUUUGACAGCACUAUUCUCCAAGGUGUUUGAACCUGUUGAAUUCUUCAAGCUGCUAAACAGUAAUUCCGAGGGGUGUCUUCACCUGGUCAGAAAUACAACUCCAAAACACUUGAUUCUCCUUCAUUUAUGAUUAAAACGCCCGAUUUACCGACCUCUUGUGCUUACUUGUACUUGGUACGGCUGCAAUCAUGCCUAAUUUGGCCGGCCUCGACGAUAUCCCGAUCUGUACCUCCCCACGCGCGACGAUCUGCGGCUGCAGAUCUGGACAGCCUAACCCAUUCCCUUAGCCAACAAAGGAGGCUGAAUACUGAAGGUCUAAGAACCACUUUCAUGUCUCGAUGAACUGUGUCGAACAAGGUUUUGAGUUGACCCCGUCUUCGACGCCUCCAUCGGGGUAACGGUGCCGGAAUGAGGUCAGUAACACUGAGCUCCUGAGGUGGACGACGAAUAACGUGUCCAGAUAGCCUCAGUCGUCUGUCUAGGAUGGCCCGGGUUAUUCGUGUGAUGUUAUCACAUCGAGUGCUGAAUAUCUCAUUUGAGUUGAAGUCGAUGUUAAUCACCUGGAGGAUGGUCCUCGAGCAGUGAGUUUUGUUAGAGUCACGCACAUCCUGGAGCCGUCUGAAAAUGACGAUGACAGAGACCUUUGCGGCAGCGUCGAUGAGACGUGCGUUAUUUUUUAAAACAUCACUUUUCUUGAACACACGCGUAAAGACGACCGAGUCCUAGUCGUCAGAAGCGAUUUUGUACCUACACCUCAUGGAGCCUGGGCGCCAGACUGCCGAUGCAAGACAUACAGACCUCUGAGGGCAUUCCAUCUCAUGGGGUAGCGGAUCUGCCAUUGCGAUGAACUAAACAGCCUUAUUCAGAUUUGCGAGAUUAGUUUGAAUCACGGACCAUGAAGACUUCCAUGCAAUGGAGGCACAAAAAUACCACUGGGACAUAUUGCACCCCGAAACCGGCGACUCCGUUGAGUUUGUAGGUGGAACCGAGUAGCGAUAUAUGGCAUUUACCCUACUGGGCACUAUUAGACCCACUACAGUGCCAACACUGCCCACCCGUCCUCUGAAGUCGUUUACCGGACCCGGCGCAGUUACAGAUAAGGCAACUACAUCGAAGAAAGUGGGAGAUUGCCCCCAAACGCGGGUGGCGGCACAUGCAGCAGCAAUCAGGAGGAAUGACGUUGACUUUCAGGUCGGGGCUCGUUCGACGGGACCUGGCCACACCCUCGAGUUUGACGAGGCGUUUCGCCAUGACUGUCUCUCCCUUCCCGCUCUUGCAUCCGAUUUCUGUCGGAGCUUGCCCCGUGCGGUCCGACAUUCUGAGUAGACUGUACCAACAUUCCACCCACUAUGACACUGUGUCGAUCGAGCUUUCGCAAAGAGUCCAUGAACAACUUUGGGGGAUGGAUGUUCGUUUGCUUAGAAAAGAACAGCAGUCCCAGAGAACUGUGUAGAGUACCAAUCAGACUUUUCCACUUUGCACUCACCUAUUCAACAUUCUGAAAGCGGGCUGAAAGGUGGAUAAACUGAAUAGAGGAUCAAGCAAACCCCAAAUCCUUUUCCCCGACUUUGGGAGAUGGCGUAGACUAGUCUACUGACGACUUUCACCGUUCUCUGUUUUAGGUGGCAGAAUAUUGUGAUCGUCUCCGCGCGGGCAUCGUCGUACAGGUUCAAGGAGCCCUCGACUGUUUGCAUACUACCACUUUGUGA